GCCACCUCCACCUUCGCCCCUGCUCUGUUCUCUAUCCGCCGAGCCGCGGCGGCAGCAGCAAGAGGAGGAGCCGGUGCCCGGAGGCGGCGGUGGCUGAGGAGCCCAUGGCGUACAGUCAGGGAGGCGGCAAAAAGAAAGUCUGCUACUACUACGAUGGUGAUAUUGGAAAUUACUAUUAUGGACAGGGCCAUCCUAUGAAACCUCACAGAAUCCGCAUGACCCAUAACUUGCUCCUAAAUUAUGGCUUAUAUAGAAAAAUGGAAAUAUAUAGACCCCAUAAAGCAACUGCUGAAGAAAUGACAAAAUACCACAGUGAUGAGUACAUCAAAUUUCUGCGUUCAAUAAGACCAGAUAACAUGUCUGAGUAUAGUAAACAGAUGCAGAGAUUUAAUGUUGGAGAAGAUUGCCCAGUGUUUGAUGGACUCUUUGAGUUUUGUCAGCUCUCAACUGGUGGCUCAGUUGCUGGGGCUGUGAAGUUAAACCGACAACAAACUGAUAUGGCUGUUAACUGGGCUGGAGGAUUACAUCAUGCUAAGAAAUCAGAAGCGUCAGGAUUCUGUUAUGUUAAUGAUAUUGUGCUUGCCAUCCUUGAAUUGCUAAAGUAUCAUCAGAGAGUCUUAUAUAUUGAUAUUGAUAUCCAUCACGGUGAUGGUGUUGAAGAAGCUUUUUAUACAACAGAUCGUGUAAUGACUGUAUCAUUCCAUAAAUACGGGGAAUACUUUCCUGGCACUGGAGAUUUGAGGGAUAUUGGUGCAGGAAAAGGCAAAUACUAUGCUGUUAAUUUUCCAAUGAGAGAUGGUAUAGAUGAUGAGUCAUACGGGCAGAUAUUUAAGCCAAUUAUCUCAAAAGUGAUGGAGAUGUAUCAACCUAGUGCUGUGGUAUUACAGUGUGGUGCAGACUCAUUAUCUGGUGAUAGACUUGGCUGCUUCAAUCUAACAGUCAAAGGUCAUGCUAAGUGUGUAGAAGUUGUAAAAACUUUCAACUUACCAUUGCUGAUGCUUGGGGGAGGCGGAUACACAAUCCGUAACGUUGCUCGAUGUUGGACGUAUGAGACUGCGGUUGCCCUUGAUUGUGAGAUUCCUAAUGAGUUGCCAUAUAAUGAUUACUUUGAGUAUUUUGGACCAGACUUCAAACUGCAUAUUAGUCCAUCAAACAUGACAAACCAGAACACUCCAGAAUAUAUGGAAAAAAUAAAACAGCGUUUAUUUGAAAAUUUACGCAUGUUACCUCAUGCACCGGGUGUCCAAAUGCAAGCUAUUCCGGAAGAUGCUGUUCAUGAAGAUAGUGGAGACGAAGAUGGAGAAGAUCCAGACAAGAGAAUUUCUAUUCGAGCAUCAGAUAAGCGGAUAGCCUGUGAUGAAGAAUUCUCAGAUUCUGAGGAUGAAGGAGAAGGAGGUCGUAGAAAUGUGGCUGAUCAUAAGAAAGGAGCAAAGAAAGCUAGACUUGAAGAAGACAAGAAGGAGACAGAGGACAAAAAAGCAGAUGUUAAAGAAGAAGAUAAAUCCAAGGACAGUAGCGGUGAAAAAACAGAUUCCAAAGGAACCAAAUCGGAACAGCUCAGCAACCCUUGAUUUUGAGUCGUACCAAUUUCAGGAAACCAUAAAAAAGUGAGAAAAUAUUGGGAAGAAAAGCGUUUUCUUUUUGAAGGGGACUUCUGGCUUCAUUUUAUACUACUUUGGCAUGGACCGUAUUUAUUUUCAAAAAGGCUUUUUUCAUUUUUUGUUUUUCUUGGCAAGUUUUAUUGUGAGUUUUUCUAAUUAUGAAGCAGAUUUUUUUUUCCUCCACCAUGCUUUAUGUGAUAGUAUUUAAAAUUGAUGUGUUAUUAUGUCAAAAACUGAUCUAUUAAAGAAGUAAUUGGCCUUUCUGAGCUGAUUUUUUCCAUCUUUUGUAAUUAUCUUUAUUAAAAAAUUGUACUUGGA